AUGAAUCCCAACGUCCUAAAUGAUUAUGAUCAAUUCGACCUGCUUAAGAGCUCUUGCAACAAUAUUGACCCAGAAUACCUCUCUCGGUUGUGGACGUUAGUAUACAACUCACAUCAGCAAAACCUGUACAGCAAACCUAUGCCGUGGAUUGGGAUCUAUGUCGCCUUAGCAUCUCUGUUUUGCAUCCUUGCAAUAGUGGCUGAUUUAUUCCAUGGUCUGAAGAACAGAAAGCUCUGGUUUCCGUGUAAAUAUUUCACUCUGAAUGCUGCUUCUCUCACUGUGAUAGCUGUUGCAAUGAAGCUGCCCAUGGAUCUAAGUAAUCUAAUGCCAGGUGUUGUAGACCAGGCUGCAAGGUUUGGAAGCACGUGCUUUAUGUGCACCAUGCUGGCUAAUCUAUUGCCUUCUCUAGCAACCAUGGAUAGCAAGGAACUUGUCUCAAACAUCAUAGCUUUAGCUGUUCUUGUAAUCACCUUGGCUGUGAAUGUUUGCAUUCAAAUAUACACAUGGAUUUUCUUCUACAGUUCAUAUGAUGCUGAGUACCUUGAUCCUGAGUACUCUCAUACUGAAAUACCGUUUAUUUUAAGAGUUAUUGUUGGGGCCAUCUGUGUGGAUCCGAUGCUCAUGUUGCUGAUAAUAUAUGCAUGUUCAUCUUUAGCAAUUCUAAAGUCCAAAGAGAUUCUAGAAUCUAAAUACCAAGCAGCUCAUCAAAAAGCUCUAAAGGAUCACGAGCUGCAACAACCAGGAAGAGUAUUAACUGUUGAGAUGCUAAAGCAGCAUGUCAGCAACUAUUGGAUCAUGGCAGGAACUGGAAGCCCCCAAUUCAUGUCAGCUUGCUCUGCUACCGCCUCUGCUUCAGGGGUAAUAUGCGCUGCAAGCACUGCCUUCUUUACUUUUCUUGUGAUUAUUAAUAUCCGAUAUCUAGGGAAGCCUGAGUCGGAUUAUAAGUGGUCAGUGUUAGCGAUUUUCAUAAUACAGUUUAUCGGAGUCAUAUUGGGUACAAUUGCCCCACUUGCGAGAUGUUUUGCAGCCUUAAGCUUCAAGUUGUCACUAAAAUGGAUUUGGAAGCAUGUCAAGGUCUCUAAAGUAGAGAGCUUUUGGACACAGAAGUUAUAUGAUUGGAAAAAGAGUAGCAUACCAUUCCCAUCCAGUAGCCGCAAAUGCAAGAUCGUCAUCCAGCUUUUGAAAAUCCUAACUCUCAGCAUUUGUAUUGGAUUUCAGAAGACAGUCGUGGUGGCAUGCAAGAUGAUAGCAGUGAUUCCAAUUUUGAUAGCAGUGAUUCCAAUUUUCUUUGUGAUAUGUUUCUUGUAUUGUCUCCGUUGUUGGAAGUGGUUAAAGGCCAUGUUUAGUGCCUCAAGCGUUGUACUGGGACAAAAUCCUGCCCAGCUAGGAAAAAACAAGGAUCUAAGAGGGUAUGUUUUGCAACUUGAAGACGACAUAGAGUUUGCUGAUAGAACAUUGAAAGGAAUGUUAAAAUCGGUAAACCGUUUGAUCCAAAAGGCUGAAAAACAACAACCCAACAAUCUUAUGAAGCUUCUUGCGGAAUCUAGAGGCUUUGAAGGGGUUGAAAAGUUUGAAAGCCAGCGUGUCCCUCCUUUAGUUUCAGAAGAAUAUAUCAAUUGUUGGAGUUUGCCAUUGGUUACUCUAACAUCCAUCAUCAUGUCUCUUCCUAACAUCCAAAAGAACAAAGUCAAUUGCUUGGUGAGUGGUGUGAGUGAAGGUCUUGUAUAUGUCAAACUUGUGGAAGAAACCCUCAACACUACUGAUGAUCAUGUAAGAAUUCAAAAGGCAGCUAAAACUUUGUGGGUAGAAGUUGAAGUAUACCACAAAUGGUUAGGAAACAAGCUUCCAAUAUCUAAGCCCAGAAUGAAUACACCAGAACAUAUUCUUCAAUGGUUAAGGAAUACAGCUAAGAACAUGGUCAUCAAGGUGGAAAGUACGGAUAUCAGAGGCCAAAACGAUAAUUCCAAAUACAGUUCUAUUUGUGCCAAUUCAAUGUAUCGUAUCACCGAAACAAUCCUGCUCUCAUACCACGAGAACAUUGACGAGAUUAGCCAAGAGGAACUAUUUGCAGAGUUAUCAUCAAUGAUUGCCGAUAUAUUAGCUGCUUGUCUCACCAACUUGCCCCAAGUCAUUACAAUGAAAUGCCACACAAGUGCCAUAGAGAAAAGGGAGGCGAGUGUCCGAGCUGCUGCCCAACUUCUUGGUGAGACUACAAAGAUAAUCAAUAACCUUCAAGAUCGUGAACUUCCAAGUUUGAAUCCAAAGGACUUGGCUUUUAUUGAUAAAUGGCAUUCUUACUUAAAGCAUCCUUUUCCUUGA